GCUGGAGGAGCCCCAAGCCAGGGGCUCCCCGACCUGCUCCGCUUUCUGUUCUUCGGAAUGCACGGCUUCCUGGACGAGAUCUUCUUUACCUUCUUCUUCAACGUGCUGGGGCAGGGGGACGGGACGAGCAGCGGGCACACGUCGCUUUGGUCCUUCUUCAUGUAUGGCAGCUGCAGUUUCGUGGUGGAAAAGCUCUACUUCCACCUCCACUACAGCCGCGGCUGGGGCACCUGGAAGCGGGUGCCCAUCUACGUGAUCUUCAUCUACGCUUGGGAGUUGUCCUGGGGUCUGGGACUUCGCACGUGCGGGGCUUGCUCCUGGGAUUAUUCUCACUACCCGCUGAAUUUCAUGGGCCUCAUCACGCUGUUGUAUUUACCUGGUUGGAUAUUCCUUAGCGUGUACCAGGACCUGCUUUCCAACGUGUUAUGGCGUGUGCAGUACGUACCAGCUAACUAAGACCGGGAAAAAAGGAAAGAAGAAAAAGUCAUUGGAAUCCCUUGAAUGAAUGCAAUUUAUUUUUUCACAUUUCAGUCUUUUAAUUUUUAUACACUUUACUAAACUCUUCCAAUCUGUUUUCUUGGACAUUUUAAUUUUUCUGAGCAUUUGGGACCUAUGUACAGUACUUUGAAAUACUAUACUACUCGAAAAUCACUGAAAGCAUUUACUAACUCACUAAUAUUUUAAAACCUUUACAAGCCCAAACAGCGAAACCAUUGUACCUUAAUAUCGGAAUGCUGUAGUGUUCACUUGUCCAGAUGUAGAUGGGUGAUAGCUAUUAAUUUUUCUUUUUUAAUACAGAAAUUCUUCAAAUCAGAGACCAGUGAUUUUUACAAGAUUUAGAGCAAUUUUCUUACUUUUGUUUUAUUUUUAACCAGAUUUUAUGUUAAUUCCUUGCUAUACUUACCAAUGACAGCUGAAACUCCUAUGUCUUGUACUUUUGAAACUGCAGUUCACAGCUCUUAAAGUGCCUCUGUCUAGCACACAAGUGAAAAGAAGCUGAGAAAUGUGGAAAAAAAAUCCUAUGAACAGAUUUUGCAAUGAGAAAUCUUUUCUAACCACUCAGACUGGUGACACUGUGCUCAGAUAUUCGAUCACUGUCCUGGAAAUGAUUGUUUUCCAAUCAUUCAGUUAGCCUUAAGCACCAAGUGUGUUGAUCAGAUCCUGUGUUAUCCAUAGCUGUAAAGUUUUGUUACUGUGUAGUAAUGUAACAGUGUACCCCGUUUCCCCAGGGCCAAGUGAAAUUAUACCACCUUCCAUAGUGUUCUAAUGCUAAGGUACAUUUUCUACGUGGAGAUUCAAGCACAGAAACACAGUACCUUGGAAUAAAAUGAGCCUGAAUGGUAACACUAA